AUGCAUUUCCGGCAGCUCUGGCAGAAGUCGACGGGCAUGAUGUCGAUGUGCGGGAACACGCGCCUCGCGUGGAAAGCUCCGGCGAGCGGCCCGCCACUGCAGUCGGGUGCCUCGAUGAUCGAUACCGCUGACGUGCCUGCAUUGACGGGCUUCCUGGUGGUCUCUGACCCGCAACGCAGCACAGCUCGCGGACUUCUGACCAGCACAACGUACGAUCAAGGAGGGUCACCUCACUGGGCAGAAGCACACCCUUCGUUCUCCCUCGCCCGGAGGUCACCUGUGGUGUUGGUCAGCUCCACGGCCUGCUCCACGGACUCGCUCAUGGAGACGCUAUCAUUGAGUGCCCAAAAAUUUGCCAUUGUUAGGAAACAAUAUGCCACGGCUGCAGAAGGAUCUCAAUACCAGGGAAGUCUGCUGUCUUAUGUAUCGGAAGCUGCGCGGCGGCAAGGGGAAUCUUUCCAUCCGCUCGGAAUUUCUCCUAGAGGAAGCAUUCUCCUUGACAUCGUUCAAUUCUCCGCAUACCGCACACAGCAUUCGCAUACAGCAUUGCAUUCACCCUCUGCGCAUCCGCCAGCAUACCAAUCUCCGCCGCACUCUGCUCAAGACUGCCGUUCGACACUUCAUCAAGCUUUUCAGCAACCCAAGAAAGACUCCCACAAGACUUCACCACACAACCCAACACUCUUCAAGAUGCAAGCAUACCACCCCGAGACCACGAAGGACUGCUUCGUCUGCCAUCUACCUUUUCCUGAGCAACAGCUCGACGAAGGUAGUUGCUGCACACAGUGCGCAAUAUCCGUGUUCGGUGCGUUCGACUUUAACGGCGGCGCUUUCAACGACGGCUUUGACAUGGCAUUCGACACUCCAUUCGACACUCCCGCCAACACCACCAUGCCCAUUCAGGGUCCCGCCAACAGCGUCAAUGCAGACUGGGCUCCUGUCGAUACCAACAACGCUGUUCAGUAUCCUGUCAACAUCGGCAAUGCAGUCCAGUUUCCUGCCAAUGCCAAUAACGCAGUCCACUCUUUCGCCAACACCAACAACGCAGCCCAAUUGCCUGCCCACUCCAACAAUGCAGUUCAAAUUCCUGCCAACUUCAACAACGCAGUCCAAUUCCCUGCCUGGCCUGCCACGGCCAGCAACGCAGCUCAGUUCCCUGCCAACACCGACAACGCAGUCCAAUUCCCUGCCUGGCCUGCCACGACCGGCAACGCAGCUCAGUUCCCUGCCAACACCAACAACGCAGUCCAGUUCCCUGCCUGGCCUACCACGACCACCAACGCAGCUCAGUUCCCUGCCAACACCAACAACGCAGUACAGCUCUCUACCAGCUCCAACAACGCUGUCCAGUCCCAUAGCAACACCGACCAUGCUGCGCCUACCCCAACCACUACAGAGAACGCAGUCCAGUCUCCUGCCAACAGCGACAGUGCUGCUCAGUCUUCCUUCGUUAUCGACGAAGCAGCUCAGACCGCAUUCUACGAUCACAUCUGGUCCGAAGACACCCCCGUCAACAAUCAACAGCCAGAUCCCAACCUCCCAUCUUCCUGCAUCGAUCCAUCCACUCUCAACGCACUCGAUGCCAGCGACAGCGUUCUGUUCGGCGGCUUUGACCUUGGUCAGCAAGACCAGCAGUUUGGCUUUUCUUUCGACGACGACAUCUCCUUCCCCGGCGGCUACGACUCUCAAGCCAACAACAACGUCACUGUCGCUCCAGCUGCUGUUGCCGCCGAGGAGAGUGUCAUCUCUCCGCUCUCGUCUUGCUUCCCUGGGAUGAGCAAUCUCACCUCCGGUUUCUCUCCACAGGAGAGCUUCUCCUCCUCUCCCGCCGACUCUGCGGUGAGCUUCUCUCCCGCGGCAUCCUCCCCUCCGCUCUCCACCGCCGCCAACAACCUCCCCGCCCCUGCCGCCAAUGCUGAGCAGACAAGCUCGCCGGCGCAGGAGGAGCCGAGAGACCCUCGCGAAGGGUAUGUCCUCCUCUCCUCUCUCGAGGAAUCCUCCGCCGGCCCUGCCGACACCGCCUCCGCCGAGCCAACAGCCGGCUUCACCCUCGAAGAGGCGGAGAUGAACCUCUUCAUCGCUUUGGGCGGCGAUCCUUCUCCUCCCGUCUCCGACGUGGUCCCGGCUCCGGCCACCUCCUACCAAUCUCCUCCUCCCGCCGCCAACGCGGUUGCGCCUCCGCCCGCGUUCCAAUUCCCUCCUCCCGCCGCCACCUUGAUCACCAACCCCGACCCCUCCAAGACUCUCUGCCUCCCCUUCCUCAACAGCGGCGGAACCUGGUGCCCGGCAGGCCGCAAGUGCCCAAACCACCACUUCGUCCACAUCGUCACCGACCGAGGCCACAUCACCGCCGCCAACCCACCCGGCAGCACGACUGUCGCCACCAAGAACGGCCUAAUGGUGCUGUCGGCCGAGUACAUCGAGGAGACGCAGAAGGCGUUUGAGGUCCAUCGCAAGCUGGCACAUGAGCGUCGGGGUCCGAGAUUCGAGUGCGCUACUUGCCACAAGAAUGCGCCGAAGAACCCGGGCAAUGAUGGGGUGCGGUGUACGCCGUGUUUCAAGCGCAAGGCGGCUUGUGAGGCGCUGGGUGGGAUUUGGGAGGACAAGAUGCCGAAGCGGAAGAGGAAGAACUGA